CUUGCAGCGUGGUGGUGCAACAACAUGAAAACUACACUUCCCUUUUGAUUCAGGUUGAAAUGGCGUGAAACAACUAAAUUUGGAACCGAUUCAAAAACCGCGUGUCGGAUGCCGCAGUCAGUUUACGUCAUAAGUGUACUUACCUUGUUCAAAACAAAGGAUCAGGUUGAUUCACUGUUUAUUUUCAAGUACAAAGACAGUGACACAUUUAUUUUUGUCUACGCAAUCUCAAAGAGUUAGUCCGUCAUUAGUUCAGCUUCGUACAUUGUAAUUGAUAUUACUUUUUAUAAGUAUUGUUUUGGAUUAAGAUUACUUGUCUGACGAAAAAAAGGUGUAGGAUUCAUUUCAAGAGAUACAGAAAUUUACACAGAAUGGGUUAGUUCGCUUACAGUAGCGUUAACAGCAAUUACAAGGUGUCGUUGAAUGUACACAAGAACAAAUUGGAAGUAGCCAACAGAUAUUGAAUCCUCAUGGUUUUCAAAAUACUCGGAAAAAAUAUUAAGAUUACCAGGAAAAGUACAUAAGCUGAAUAACGAAACAAGGAACUAAGCCCAGUAAAUAUAUGGAGAAGAAAUGAUAGAAAUUGUGUCCAAGUGAAACAUACAUUCCAAUAUAAUCUCACACUAAUACUUGAUGAUGGCAUCAGCAGGAGGAAGCUCUGGACCCGGUGGAGAGGGGGGACCAUUUAAAAGGUUUCCGCCACCACCAUCUCCAAAAUUUGUGCCUAGAACUGACAAUGAAGAACCGCUCACUCCCGACACAGAGGAUCAUGUGCAGGAACAGACUGAAGGGAUUUUCAAAAAUUUUAUUUAUCAGAGACUUCAGGAUGAUCAAAUGAAAAAUCCGGGUGAUUUAGAGACACCAUUUGUGCCUGAAUUGACAAACUUUCACGAUGCUCCUCUCAGUGCCAAUGCACAGAUAGGCAGGCGGCUAGCACUUAUAGGAGACGACAUCAAUAGGAAAUAUGAACAUGAGUUCAGAGACAUGAUACAGGCGCUCAGGAUCACUCCAGACACAGCUUAUGAAGCAUUUGCAGGUGUGGCCAGAAAGUAAGUAAUGCGUUUUUCAGGGCAAGGUUGGUGAGAAUGUCUUGAGUUUGAAUUUGUGCCAUGCAUGCAGUGAAACUUGUCCUUUUACUCACUUAUCACACAACUAAAAAGUACAUGCAAAUAAGAUUUUGCUGAUGAAAAAUGAAAUUUUAACCAAAUCGACAACAGUUCCAAGGCAUAGAUAUAGGUAAAAGAUAGUGUAAAAGAAAAAAAAAAAAUGAUUACUUCUUGGGAGGUUGAGAAAAAGCACCAAUUGUAAUGUCUGUAUUUUCAAUCAGUUUAAGUCAUCAUAACCCAGGGGUCAUUGGCAAAGAAAGAAAACCCACAUGGUGUC